CGCGCUAAAUCAUCCUGUCCAAAGUCUGUUGAUAUCCGGUGUCCUCAGCCCUGGCAGUUAACUCUUCUGCCGUGCGGCGCGGGGCCCAUUCGGCGCUCCAGCCUCGCCUGCCCAGAUAACUGGGCUUCAGCGGCGCGGUUCAUUCCCCGGGAAUGGCGCGUGAGCGGGUGCAGCGCGCGCUGGCACUCGUAUGGUGCAUAACCGCCGCCCUUGUCGUGACGCCCCUCGUCAUGGUCCACGCCCAGCCACUCGAGGUCUCGCAAGUGCAAUUCCUGCAGGACUGCAAGGCGGCAUGGGAUCAGGAUUUCGAUGGGUGGAGCAACAACCCUGACUGCAGCAGCAGCGCAUCAUCGAAAUUUGAAUGCGACAGCAGCGGCAUGAUCGUGAAGAUAAGCUUGCAGUAUGCCAAUCUGUUUGGGCCGCUUCCGGACUCCAUCAGCAACCUCAGAGUGCUCUCUUCCCUGGAUUUCUACAGAGCUCAGGUCACUGGCUCAAUCCCGGGUACAAUCGGCAGUCUUACUAGCCUAUUGAGCCUCCGUCUUGUUGGAAAUCCGCUCUCUGGCUCAAUUCCCGCUGCUUUCUUCUCUCUUGCAAACUUGGCAUACGUUCGUAUUGAAUUCAAUCAGCUCACUGGCGCGAUACCUGCUGCAAUCGGCUCCCUUGAAAACUUGUCAUAUCUGAGUCUUUAUGGGAAUAAGUUCACCAACUCAAUCCCCGCUUCAAUCGGCAAUCUUACCAACCUAAAUCAUUUGGAUCUCAGCAACAACGAGCUUACAGAUUCCAUCCCUGAGACAAUCGGCUCACUGGCCACACUGACACAAAUGGUUCUCAGCAGCAAUCAGCUCACUGGCUCUAUCCCUGCUGCCAUUGGCUCAAUGACAGCAUUGAAAUUACUGCAACUCUCCUUCAACCAGCUCAUUGGCUCUGUCCCUGCAACCAUUGGCUCAUUGUUGGCGUUGACUGGAAUGAUUCUCAACAACAAUCAACUCACUGGCUCGAUCCCUGCAACCAUUGGCUCAAUGACAGCACUGCAAAGACUAUUGCUUUAUGAGAAUAAGUUCAACGACUCAAUCCCUGGUGCAUUCGGCAAGCUUACUACACUGAGAUAUCUGUAUCUUAAUAAGAAUGAGUUCACUGGCUCCAUCCCCACUGCUAUCGGCAACCUUACAAACCUGGCAAAGUUGGCUUUACAUUACAAUCAGCUCACUGGCUCAAUCCCCUCUGGAAUUGGCAAUCUCACAAGCCUGAGAUCCCUAGGCCUUAACAACAACCAGCUCUCCGGCUCAAUCCCCGCGGCAAUGGGCUCUCUUGCAGACCUAGAAUACCUAUACCUUCAUCAGAAUCAAAUCACUGGCUCUAUCCCCGCUGACAUGGGCCGUCUGACUCGCCUCUUGUUACUUGAUCUCUCUCACAACUACCUCACAGGCCCCCUAGUAAAUCUUUCACAGGCUGCCCUCGUGGACCUUUCCAGCAACUACUUAACGGGUCGCCUGCAAAAAUCCGACUGCAGUCAGUGGCUUACUCUCGUUGCCAACUGCUUCACACCAAACAACAAGGACUGCCGUUCUGCAGUGCAGCGGCCUGCAGCAGAGUGCGCGGCUUUUUGCGGCGUAUCCGGCUCUAGUGCUGCCUGCAGUGGCCAUGGCAUGUGCUAUCCAGACGGGCCCAGCUUGGUGCCAACGUGCUCAUGUGAUUUGGGAUAUGUGCAGCCUGGAAGAAUAAUCUGUGCUGCAGAUGGCUGGAAUCGAAGCCUCCCAAUCAGCGGGCCUAUUCUCUCCCCAUUCACUCUGCUCACCAAAGGGACGCAACGCGAGACAGCAGGGAUCUUCAUGGCAAAGCCGGUGACCCUCUUUGCGUACCCGGGUGGUCCGAGCCUGGGAUGUGGUGUGGAGUUGGCUUUCAGUGUCAACUUCACAUUCGCCCUCGUUCCCCAGGCUGGUACUGUCGGGUCCAACGGCUUUGCGUUUGUGAUUGCAGCAAAGGCCAAGGUGGGGAAGCCUGAUGGUGUGGGGUAUGGUGGAGUGGGAAGCCGGAGUAUAGCCGUUGAAUUCGACACAUUUCAGAAUGUCAAGCACAGGGAUAUGAGCAAGCAGCAUGUAGGUCUGAACAUCAAUGGCAGUGAUGAAUCCCUGGUUGCAGUGGAGUCGCCAUUCACACUGACAGACAGCAAUAUAUACACGGCAUGGGUGGACUAUGAGCCUGGAAAUCGUGGGACCAUCCAGGUGUUUCUGGGCGAUUCCAAGGAGAAGCCAGAGGAGCCGCUGCUGCAGAGGGAGCUGUCGCUGUGUGCGGUGCUGCAGGCUGGCGUGCAGCAGCAGGCGUUCUUCUUUGGCUUUGUGGCAUCCACCACUGUGCAGCCCUUCCAGAAGCAUGUCAUUGUCUACUCUAACGUGCAAACAGAAAUUCCUCCACCCAAGUUAGUCCAGAUCAAUGAACAAGCCCGUGGCCUCUCAUUAUCGCUGGCCACUUACGCACCACCUCAAGCCAACCCCUUCUCGCGCUAUGUGAGUGCGGACUUCAGUGUGGCGGCAAACAAGCAGGACUCGUGGCGCAUCCGUGACUUCCACACUUGGGACUCUGUGGAGUUCCUUGGCUGGCCCGUCAAGAACCAGAAUGAUUGCAAUGCUUGCUGGGCGUAUGCUGUCGUGGCGAGUGUGGAGGCAGCAUACGGCAUUGCGAGGCAGCAGAGCGCUCCCCAGCUGUCAUUGGAGCCGCUGUUUGCAGCCAUGGGGCUGACUGGCACAGACAAGUGCACGGCUGGAGGCUCCCCCACCGAGGCCUUUGAGAAGUUGGUCACUCUUGACAGUGGCAAUGCACUCACAGGAGACAGUGACCAGGCAACAAGGUAUCCGGUGCAGGCCUUUGAGCGUGCACUGUUCAAAGGGUAUGUCGGGCUCAUGCUGGCGGUGCAGCGCCAGCCAGUGGUGGUUCACAUUGAGGCUUCUGCUGACACUUUCGUCGCCUACGAUGGGACGUUCAAAUACCAGGAUCCUCAGUGCUACACUGGCAGCUUGAACCAUGUUGUACUCGUUAUUGGCUACUUCAUCAUGAGAAAUGAUGGCAGCCAGAACCGCAUUCCUCCUCCGUUUUGGAUCAUCCGCAACUCGUGGGGAGAGGAGUGGGGCGACAGGGGCCACAUGCGCAUGGACAUUCAGGGAGGGGAUGGCGUGUGUGGCAUCAACGUGCUGCCUGGCAUAUACCCCAUUGUCAAGAUUCCUGGUGAUCCCUGUGGCAAUUUCAGCUACAAGGGCGAUGGGGAUUUUCAGCCCAGCAUGAACCCUUGCGGCCGGUUUGCAUGCAAGAAUACAACUGAAAGCAGCAACAACUGCAGCUGCAGUAUUCCUCAAGUUGCCACGCAACCUUUUGUGGAGGUUGAGAAUGGAUAUGGAUCCAAUACCUGUGCAUAUGUGGACGUGUGCGGGUCGUACUUCAAGAACCCCUGCGCCGUGGGCACAUGCAUCAACGAUGGCAAGGGCGCCUACUCCUGCAUCUGCCCUCCCAACUACAUUGAGAGCACAACAGCCCACGACUUUCCCACCUGCGAUCCAGUUAAUACCACAGCCACCACCGUCACAGUCAGCGGAGACAACUGGUUGUGUUCAGACGUGCAUGCACUUGUUGGCCUCUCCUUGAGUGAUUUUGCACUCCAGAAUGCUGCUACAGAUUGCAGCCAGCCAUUGCCCAAGGGCAGUGUCCUUCAGCUGGUCGGUACUCCUGCCACACCCUGCACGGCUCCACCCUAGUCCCUCCUGCGGCUGACGCUACCGUUGCUCUCUCCUUCAUGCUGGACUCUGGGAUUUGUGAUGAUAGCUCUUGAGGAGAUCUUUCCGGCAGAUCAAGAAUCGCUUCAAUCGAAGCAAGAACGUGAAAGCUAUGACCACCAAAGUUCAUGAGCUUGUGUUACAAGUGUGGCAGUUACAGAGUGAUGUUGUGGGGUGACUCAAUAUGGAAUAUGAACCAUUGGGGGUUGCGAAAUUUGUCACUCUACUCUAGCAACUGCAAAUUGGUUGGGAACAACCAAACUAGAUUGGCAAGUGUGGCCAACUUUGUAGGAUUGGUUGAGAAGCGACAAAUGUCAGAGUUGGGGUUUCUAUAGGGAGGGAAACUUUGUGCUUGUGGGGACUCUUUUGAGACCUUCCCUCUCAUCCCUCUCUUCCCUUCCAACCUCUUUCCUGCUCCUCUAAUUCCUUAAUAGGAAAGUCAUAGCAUCACGAAUACUCCAUU